CUUUGGUUUCUACUCGUACCGAACUGUACGAGUAUCAUGUUGAUCGUAAACGUCAUUCUCUUUACGUCUGCGAUAUGUUCCGCCACAAAGAUCGUGACUUCGACUGGGGCUUCCGUCACGUCAGCAACGUCUACUAAAUCGAAACGCGUAGGUCCCACCCGCAAUAUCCCUAAUAAUCAGGAGCAAUCAAGAGGUACUCAAACUACAUCAAGAAUCCUAUCGCCUCAGGAUAUUAACUUGAGAUUAUCGCCUCAUUAUGGAAACGUCAAGGCAUCAGUUAUUCAGAAAGUGCCUUAUACCGGGACGAAUCACGGACCUGGUUCCCAUGCAUAUGGCAGCGUGCCAAAGCGGCCGCUUUCCUACGUUGCUCCACCCAGUCACCAGAUAGAAUCUCAUCGGAGCAAUUCAUUGACUCCGUAUUUUGGUAUGUUGAAUAAUCCCGAUGCUUACAAAGUUGCAAGGAGCAUCGAGAAACCGCUAGAUGCGUCCAAAUCGAUCGUGUCGCAGUCACAUCAAAAACUCCAGGGCAUCUAUUCGCCUAACUACAAUGCGUUCUAUCAGGAAAAACCAAUUGAACUGUCUAGCUUUUCCGAUUUCGAAUAUUCUCCGCUCGCCAAUAUCGGCAAGCUUAUCCCUCAGGGUAUUUCUUCUCCCACUGUCCAGGCGCCAGUGUAUAAAAUGAGUUAUCCACUGCCAAAAAUUACCGAUUACGCGCAUGUGUACCCACCGAGCAUUCCAACCGCGUCCAGCAUUACUCCAUCAUCGGAUAAAAUAACCCAGAGCUCUGGGCAAAAAGAUGAAGCUACUGUAGACAUGAACGGCAAAAAGAUCUCGGUCCCAAUCAUUCGACUUCAAAGCAAUUUAGAUCUCCCGGAAGUUUUGCCUGCCUUCGACAGUCAGCCGUUUUUACUAAGCUCGAACUAUCCAAUCGAACCGGAUGUGGGAUUUAAAUUUGGAACCGGGCCAAAAUUGAAUUUAGCACUUCAAUCAAGUAACAUUUCACCGUUUUCAUCGCCUCUAUCGAGUUUCCAGGGUCAAGUUGUACCGAUUCAGACGGCCAGUGGUAGCCCGCAAUUUCCGCAGUACAAAGGCGCCAGUAUAGAAGCUUACCCUGUUACGAAUAAUGUUCCUAAAGUGCAAGGCAAUUACGAAUCCCUUUAUAAUCAACCACAAUUGCACUUUGACAAGGAGCGUAAUGACAAUGUGCAGACUGUUAAUGUGCGACAAAAUACCGCUCAUCCUCCUGUCGGAACGCAAGGCAUUCUGAAUGACGCAGAGAUUAUCAAUACGAAAAAUCCAGAGCCACAUACACCCCAACCUGAUGAUGACGACGAUGAAACUAGAGAUGAUGAAAGAUACCAAAAUUCGGAUAAGGAAUACGAUGAUAAUUCCGAAGAGGAUGAUGUUGAGCGUCAACCAGGAAAACAUUUCAAAGCGUCACCAACGGAAAGUGACUUCAAGCCUUCAACGUCUUACCCUUUCAAAGAGUACGACGAGAAAUUUGGAAAGCAUAGAACGUACUCUGAUGACGACGACUUUGAGGAUAAACCAUUUUCCAGCUAUAAGAAUUAUUCAUCAGACGACGAUGAAGAGGAACAAGACUCGCCAUCAGAAUACCGUAGUGAAUACACUGAAUCCUCGAAACCAUCUCAUGACUCGUUCGAAAAGGAGGAUGAGGAAGAGGAAGAGGAAGAAGAAAGCCGUAAACAGGAGAAACGCAAGGAAGCUAAUGAAGAUUCUUCCGAAGUGCAACCUCCAAGACGAUCCAAGUAUUACCAAAAAGACUUUGAGCAAGAAUUCGAAGAAUCUUAUAAAGAAGAGCUACCGAAACAAGAAUAUGUGCACGUGAAGGAAGUGCCAGAAAUAGGCAGUUAUAUUAAUUCGAGUUCUUCUAAACGGCAACAAAGAAAUAAAUCUCGCGUAAAGCAAGAAUCCAAAGAGUCGAACAGUCAAGAAUCCCGUAAUUCCCGAAAAAAUCGUAAGGUACCAAAAACGGAUUAUAGAGACAGCACUGCUUAUGGUUCUGACAUAUCCACUAAAACGUCGCCCAAAGUGAUCUACGAAGAGUUUUUUGGAUACAAACAACCCAAGAUUGAAAAAUAUUCUAAACACGCAAAAACUGAAAAGUUCUCGUUCACUAAGAAAUCACCGAAGACAAAUGACUACCUUCGUGCUGCUAAGUAUUACAAAUUGAAGAAUCCCAAGACUGAAAGCGAACACAGCUCCGAAGACAAAGAUCCGUACACGUAUUCUUCCGUGAAUGACCGGAAAUUGAAGAAAAACUCAUCUAAGAAAACGGUUCCUAGAUCGAAUGUGAAACAAUUGUCAGAUUCUGGCGACGGACCAAGUAUAUUUAACGGCCGAGUGCGUUCUCCCACAAAUGCAGAAAUUUUUCGUGAUCUGACGGGAAUUUGAACAAUUAAAUAAAUAUUAAGUUAAGAAACAUAUUACGUGUGCAUAUUCUCAAACCAAAUUUCUUCAUAAAAUCGAUAUUAUAUGUACGAAAAUCUGAAUU